UUUCUAUUUAUUUUUUGACAAAUAAAUAAUUAUUGCACUUGGUUAGGUUCAUGAACGAGGUGACAUUCCGGCACCAUACGAUCAAAGGGUAUUUUCGUAAUUACGGUCCCUUCCUCUCCCAGUCUCCCUCAAAUCAUAUAAACGGACCCAAUUUCUAGGGUCAAGUAUUAUCAUUUCUCUGUCCGUACCCGGCAACUUCGCACUGUGACAGACCCACCCUUCGUCGGAAACUCCCCGGAAAAUUCUCUCCCAAAUGGCAUCUAAGAGCAAGAUUCUGUUCAUUGGAGGGACAGGCUACAUCGGAAAAUUCAUCGUCGAGGCCAGCGCCAAGGCCGGCCACCCUACCUUUGCUCUCGUCAGAGACUCCACCAUUUCUAAUCCUGACAAGGCCAAAAUCAUCGAGAGCUUCAAGAGUUCUGGCGUCCAGUUGCUCACUGGGGAUCUUUACGAUCACGAGAGUUUAGUGAAGGCGAUAAAGCAGGUGGAUGUGGUGAUCUCGACUGUCGGUCACGCUCAGUUGGCUGAUCAGGCGAAGAUCAUCGCUGCGAUCAAAGAAGCCGGAAAUGUCAAGAGAUUCUUCCCUUCUGAGUUUGGGAAUGAUGUGGAUCGUGUACACGCUGUUGAGCCAGCAAAAACAGCAUUUGGGACCAAGGCCAAUAUUCGACGAGCUGUUGAGGCUGAAGGGAUUCCAUACACCUAUGUGUCAUCGAACUUCUUCGCUGGCUAUUUUCUCCCCUCAUUGUCACAGCCUGGAGCCACAGCUCCCCCGAGAGAUAAAGUGGUUAUCUUAGGGGAUGGAAAUCCUAAAGCUGUUUUCAACAAGGAAACUGAUAUCGGCACUUACACUAUCAAAGCUGUGGAUGAUCCAAGAACCUUGAACAAAAUCCUUUACAUCAGGCCUUCUGCUAACACAUACUCAUUCAAUGACCUUGUGUCCUUGUGGGAAAGCAAGAUUGGCAAAACCCUUGAAAGGAUCUAUGUCCCCGAGGAGCAAGUACUGAAGAACAUCCAAGAAGCUUCGGUGCCAGUCAAUGUGCUAUUGGCCAUUGGUCACUCUGUUUUUGUGAAGGGAGAUCAUACUAACUUCGAGAUUGAGCCAUCGUUUGGAGUGGAGGCUACGCAGCUCUAUCCCGAUGUUAAAUACACCACAGUAGAGGAGUACCUGAACCAGUUUGUCUGAGAUUCAUGUCAAUGCUUGAUGCAUUUUUCUAUAUGCUCGACUUUAGCUUAUAAUAAAUAAAAUAGGUAGCUUCUCGUGUCUGUGUGGGGUGUAUUGGAUGUGGGUUGCCUUGUUGCUUUUGAAUUUCUGCUGAUUCUGCAAGUUGAGUUGAUGUAUUAAGUGACGCCUAAUCCGAAUGGAAUGAAAUCGGGAUACUUGGUGAA